AUGAAGGGAAGAAAUGAUGGAGACCAAAAUGCAGGAGAGAAGGAACGUGUCAAGAAAAAGGAAGUAAAAAAAGUACAGGAAACAAAUGAGCCAGAACCUAAGGAAGAAUCAGAAUUGUCUACAAAGAAACCCAAACCUGCAGCUGUUGGGGUGGAAGCCUUUACUGGGAGGACUGGUGGCGCUUAUAUACCCCCAGCUCGUCUGAGGGCUAUGCAAGCCAAGAUCACAGAUAAAUCAAGUGUAGAGUUUCAGCGUAUCUCGUGGGAAGCACUUAAGAAGAGUAUCAAUGGUUUGAUAAACAAGGUGAAUGUAGGAAAUAUAGAAAAUAUUGUCAGGGAACUGUUUCAGGAAAACAUUGUUAGAGGACGUGGUUUAAUGGCAAGAUCUAUCAUACAGGCUCAGGCAGCAUCUCCCACAUUUACUCAUGUAUAUGCAGCUCUAGUUUCUAUUGUCAAUACAAAGUUUCCACAAAAUGGAGAGCUGAUUUUACGACGUCUGAUAAUUCAGUUCCGUCGAGGCUACAAGAGGAAUGACAAGAAUAUUUGCUUGUCAUCGACACGGUUCAUCGCACAUCUCGUUAACCAACAAGUGGCUCAUGAAGUUUUAGCUCUAGAAGUACUUACACUUCUUCUGGAAACACCAACAGACGAUUCAGUGGAGGUAUCGAUAGGAUUCCUGAAGGAAUGCGGGCAGAAACUUACGGACGUCUCACCUAGAGGAAUCAAUGCAAUAUUUGAAAGGUUAAGGAAUAUCUUACACGAGGGCCAGAUCGAUAUACGUGUACAAUACAUGUGUGAGGUGAUGUUUGCUGUACGAAAAGAUCAUUUUAAGGACUUUCCUGCUGUUAUGGAGGACCUUGAUCUAGUUGAAGAAGAGGACCAAUUUACACAUUUGCUAACACUGGAAGACGCAGUGAAUGGAGAGGAUAUACUAAACGUGUUUAAGCCUGAUCCAGCAUUUGAAGAAAAUGAAGAGAAGUACAAGAUUCUGAAGAAAGAGAUACUGGGAGAAGGUAGUUCAGAUGAGGAAGAUGGUUCAGGUAGUGGGAGUGGCUCAGACAGUGAGGAGGAGGAGUCUGAGGAAGAUGAGGAAGCGAAACAGAAAAUUAUUGACCAGACAGAGACUAAUAUGGUGGCAUUAAGGAGAACAAUCUAUUUGACAAUACAAUCUAGUCUUGAUUUUGAGGAAUGUGCUCAUAAACUCCUCAAGAUGGAUCUCAAACCUGGACAAGAGGUUGAAUUAUGUAACAUGAUUCUCGACUGUUGUGGACAGAUGAGGACCUAUGAGAAAUUCUUCGGUCUCCUAGCAGGGAGGUUCUGUAUGAUUGAUAAGAAAUAUGUGGAACCAUUCCAAGUGAUGUUUAAAGAACAGUAUGACACCAUACAUCGACUAGAAACAAACAAGCUAAGGAAUGUGGCCAAGUUCUUUGCCCAUCUUCUACACACUGAUUCUAUUUCAUGGGCUGUAAGUAAAGGAUUACAAACCCCAGCUAGCCGAAUCUUCAUCAAGAUUUUGUUUCAAGAAUUAUCCGAGUAUCUCGGACUACCAAAGUUGAACGAGAGGCUCAAGGACCCAACGUUGCAGGAAUAUUACGCCGGUCUUUUACCACGAGACAAUCCAAGAGAUACAAGAUUUGCUAUCAACUUCUUCACCACUAUAGGUCUGGGUGGUUUAACGUAA